CUCCAUUCUCCAACGUUCUUCAAUCUCACAAUAUGAACCCAAGAUGAAUGAUUCCAACAGAUACUUUACUUCAAACGCAAUCCAAUCCUUUUCUCCAGUUUUUCUCCCAACUUUUUGGACGGCUAAAUUUGUCUCCCACUUUACUUUCUCCCACCCAAUUGCCUUUAAGAUUCCUUCAUUACCUCCCAUCUUUACCAUCAUCCCCCCCUUAUAAGAAAACCCAUUUGCCCCCUGACCCCAAAUUCCCCACUCAGAUCAUUCCAUCUCAAGUUGGAUUUCUUCCCCUCUUCGAGAGAGGGCAAAAGAAAAACCAACCAACCGAUCAAACCACAUUACAUUGUCGUCUCCCAAAACAGAGCGCUAUCAUAGCACCAAUGGCAAGUUCCAGUUCUCACUAUGCAACCCAAAACUCUUCAUCCCAAAGAGGGCUCGCCAUGGUGCUAGCUCUAACAUCCGCCAUCGUGCUUUCACCGUUGUAUGCCAGCAGAAAGAGUGACCAUUCGUCGUCGUCGCGAUUCUACCCCCAUUACGAGCCCGGUUGGAGCUCUGGUUUGGUCCUUCCGAUGCUCCUGGCAGGGUUGAUCAUUGCAAUCAAGACGACAUCAUCGAGCAAUGGAGGCGGGAGGUCAUUUGCGCCGUCGCCGGACCCUUCUUGGGUGCUUAGGAUUGGGAGGUCGUCGUGGGGGCUUGCCGGGAUAUUGGUCAUGCUCGUGCUUGUGUUGUCAUGGCAAGAAUCUGCUCAACAUUUCUUCUGGAGAUAGAGCAAUGAUGGAAAUGUAAGUAAUGUAGCACCUAUGUAUAUGUACUAUAUGUUUUGGACCCUAUUAAUUAGUUUAUUUUCCUAAUGUCAUAGGCUAUGGGUUAAUAGCAUUUUAUGCCCUUGUACUAUUGUGUUUUAACGAAUGUGCCAUUAUACUAUGAUUUUGCCCAAACAUGCCCCUGUACUAUUACAACAUAGCAAAAAUGUCCUUCUGUCAAAAUAUUUGUUAUCUCUCCGUUAACUGGUACCGGAAAUUACCCAAACACCCCCAAUUCAUCGUCUCUCUCUACUGCAUCCCUAAACGAGUUCUCUUCCAACCAUGGUCCAAAAAUACCUUCGAGUCUUCUUCUCAAGAGAAUCUGCCAUCCAGCUGACAGUCGGAGCUCCCUUCCGGCGACCGUCGAGGGCUCCUUCUCCUCCGUCGGACCUAUUUCUCGGGCAAUAUUCUCCAUCCACCGGACCAGUUCCUCCCUCCGUCGAUACAACUUCUCCCUCCGCAGGACCUACCGCUCCCUCCACCUGAACAGAGACCCAACUGCUUCCUCCUCCCAAACGCUCCUCCGAUGAUCUGUCCUCGAUUUCAUAACCAACAAUAUUCGAGAAAACCAAAGAUGUGCUUCUUAGUUCUUUCUCACCUAUUUUCGCUCUCUUCUGUACAUUCCGAAAUUUGUGGAACCCUAAAUUAUGUCUGUUUUGAUUGUUGGGGUUUUGUUCUGAUGUUGGGUUUCGCUUGGAAACAACCAAUAUAUCAUUCCUCUUUUUGUCCUAUUCGUAUAAAUUAGGGUUUAAAAAUAGAAUGUUUGCAGUCGUGCCUCAGAGGCUGUUGGUGUAGUUAACAUCGACGGGCUGAGGUGCCGUUUUCGCCCAUGCUUAUGUUGCCGACAAUGUCACUCGAGGAAAAGACUGUGGACGCAGGAGAAGAUGCUGUCGGCCGGCAACGGAGCUAGACGAGAAGAUGGGGGAUGAGAUGAUGAACGAGUUGGUGUAUGCCGGCAGAGUUGGAUCACGCCGGUGGUGAAAACGGCACCGGCCUAGUUGCUGUGGUCGAAGGCCGAUGAUUGCAUGCUGAACGGUGAGAGGAGAAAGCGGCGAGUCGCGUAUUACGGGCUCCUUUUUUGCCUUUUUUUAAUUAGGUUGUAAUCCCUUCAAAAUUAAAGUGAAAUUUUAAUAUUAGUCACAAGGUUAUUUUGGUCAUUUCCUGUCUCCGUUAACGGAGAGAAAACGAAUUUUUCGAUAGAAGGGCAUUUUUGUUACGUUGUAAUAAUACAGGGGCACGUUUGUGCAAAAUCGUAGUACAGGGGCACGUUUGUUAAAACACAAUAGUACAAGGGCAUAAAAUGCUAUUAACCCUUUUCUUAUUUAUGUACUAUGGGUUGGGGGGAGCUUGUGUGCCUAAUGAAGCUAAUUUUAUGUUGAAGGUUAUCGUUUUAAUUUCGAGAUGGUGAUGUUCCUUGAGGCACAUAAAUACCAUGAUCCAUUAGUCUUACACUUACGCUGUUAAUGAGCCGAACCGAGUCGAAUUUUGCCUUGUUCAUGUUCGGCUCGUUUAUAAACGAACCAAGCUCGAGCCCGACUCGUAUAUAAACUAGCCGAGUCGAGUCGAACACGAGCCAGCUCAUUUAUACAAUCUUGACACAUCAUUAAGAUCGAAAGUUCGGCUCGAGCUCAACUCGAAGAUAAUUUAUAAUAUAAAUACCCUAAUAUG